AUGCCGAAAUUUAAGAUAACGCUCGAUAUUCCUACAAAAGAACCAGCGGAAGGAGCAGCUUCGCCCUCGCCAACCCCUAAAUUAUCAGGUCGAAUCAUCACUUCCUCCCCGUUGGGAACGAGAGCUACUACUACCCCGCGGUCAUCACAAACCAAAUCAGAAAUGACCAACGAACUGAGAAAAUUAUGCAAGCCGAACGAUUACUCAGUUGAAUCCUUACUCAAUCGGAAGGGCGAGGGUCAGGCCCCUUUCAGUCAAGCUACAAUGACAAAUUGGCGUAAAAAAACGAUGGAGCGAUUUGACCAGAUAGAAGAAAUAAACGAGAAUCUCAGACGGGCUUGUCUCCAGGAGAAGGCUGAUAAGAAUUCUGGACCAUCUCCAAGAAACAAAGGAAGGCUUCCAUCGAUCCCAGAGGAAGAAACACUUGAUCAUCAUAGUUCUCCUGUAGGCACAGCCUCAUCGGUUAUAAGCUACAAGAAGAAUUUGUCUGUAGUUAGCGCAAACCCCUCUAAUCGAGGGUCUGGAUGCGAAAACCCUUCAAGUGACAUGAAGACCGAGAAUCCGCGUUCAGGUAGUUUAAGAAGUAACGGUAGAAGCAGAAUACCAACGACCUAUGAUUUUCAUGGAAAUGUCCAACAACAUCAGCCGGUUAGCUCAACAAUCGGAAGAAAAUUCCCAGCGACUUACGAUCAGCAUGGCAAUGUACAGCAUAUCCUUUCACAUGGCUCUCAAGCUGGAAGUAGAAUCCCACUCACACAUGACCAAUCUUCUUCCUCUCGCGCUGGGAGUUCUCGACACACCAGUUCACAGAGUUCUCAGUAUACGCCUUCUCAAGGCUCCAGUUCUCACUAUCCCCGGUCAGAAAGUACUUCCCACUGUGGUCAGUCAGAAAGUUCCCGCUACUCUUCAGAUCCAGAUCCUUCGCGCAGUUCCCGGUACACUUCCCUAAGUGGUUCAGAGUAUACUCCAAGUGGUUCAGAGUAUACUCCUUCGGAAAGUUCUCGUGGAGACUCUCUAUCAAGUUCUCGAUAUACUACCGCAGAGAGUUCUCGACAUAACAGUAAGCCUCCAGAAAGCUCUUAUUAUACACCUUCAGAAGGCUCUCGUUCAUCUCGUAGACCCCCUUCUUCAAGCUCCCGAUAUACUAGUUUGGAAGUUUCUCAACAGACCAUCACACCUUCGGAUAGUGCUUCUAAUUAUGGGCGCUCUGAAAUUUCUCGCGCAUCCCAUAGAGCCUCUUCCUCGAGUGCUCAAUACACGACUACGGAAAGUUCCCGACGUAGCAGCCGACCACCUUCAAGUUCUUGUUACACGCCUCCAGAAAGUUCUCGUGCAUCUCGCAAAACACCACCUUCAAGUUCCUCGGGUUCAAGAGCUACAUACGGCAGCUCCACUCCGGCUCCUCCUGGCUCUGUGACUGGUUCCCACAAGAACGCCAGAAGAUAUGGAGAUAAACCUUUUGGAACUGCGGAGAGCCGCCGUUUCGAGGACCCUUAUGGAACCGACGCAACCCAGCCAUCUUCAUCGAGUAGAUCACAUCACAGCAGCAGUAGUAGACGGCAUUAG